AUGGCCCCGAGGAAGAGGAGCGGCCGGGGGAUCUCCUUCAUCUUCUGCUGCUUCCGCAGCAGCGAGCACCCCGAGAUCACGUACCGGCUGCGCAAUGACAGCAGCUUCGCCCUGCAGACCAUGGAGCCCUCGCUGCCCAUGCCGCCCGUGGAGGAGCUGGAUGCCAUGUUCACCGAGCUGGUGGAUGAGCUUGACCUCACAGACAAGCACAGAGAGGCCAUGUUUGCGCUGCCAGCGGAGAAGAAGUGGCAGAUCUACUGCAGCAAGAAAAAGGACCAGGAAGAAAAUAAAGGAGCCACCAGCUGGCCAGAGUUCUACAUUGAUCAGCUGAAUUCCAUGGCUGCUAGAAAAUCCCUGAUCGCCUUGGAAAAAGAAGAUGAGGAGGAGAGAAAUAAAACAAUUGAAAGUUUGAAGACUGCACUGCGGACAAAACCAAUGAGGUUUGUGACCCGCUUCAUCGACCUGGAUGGCUUAUCAUGUAUCCUCAACUUUCUCAAAAGCAUGGACUAUGAGACAGCAGAGUCUCGAAUACAUACCUCGCUCAUUGGAUGUAUAAAAGCACUAAUGAACAACUCCCUGGGCAGGGCCCACGUCCUGGCCCACCUGGAGAGCAUCAAUGUCAUUGCUCAGAGUCUGAGCACAGAGAAUAUUAAGACAAAAGUGGCAGUGCUGGAAAUCAUGGGCGCCGUGUGCCUGGUUCCCGGGGGCCACAAGAAGGUACUGGAGGCCAUGCUGCACUACCAGAAAUAUGCCAGUGAAAGGACUCGUUUUCAGACGCUGAUCAACGACCUGGACAAGAGCACGGGCCGGUACCGAGAUGAAGUGAGCCUCAAGACAGCCAUCAUGUCCUUCAUCAACGCUGUCCUGAGCCAGGGGGCAGGCGUGGAAAGCCUGGAUUUCAGACUCCAUCUGAGAUAUGAAUUCCUCAUGCUGGGCAUCCAGCCAGUCAUUGACAAACUAAGGCAACAUGAAAAUUCAACCCUAGACCGGCACUUAGAUUUCUUUGAAAUGCUUAGAAAUGAAGAUGAACUGGAGUUUGCCAAAAGAUUUGAGCUGGUCCACAUUGACACCAAAAGUGCAACUCAGAUGUUCGAGCUGACGAGGAAGAGGCUGACGCACAGCGAGGCGUACCCGCACUUUAUGUCCAUCCUGCACCACUGUCUCCAGAUGCCUUAUAAAAGAAGCGGCAACACCGUCCAGUACUGGCUGCUGCUGGACAGGAUCGUGCAGCAGAUUGUCAUCCAGAGUGACAAAGGGCAGGACCCUGAUGCCACUCCCCUGGAAAACUUCAACAUUAAAAAUGUUGUACGAAUGUUAGUCAAUGAAAAUGAAGUGAAACAGUGGAAAGAGCAAGCAGAGAAAAUGAGAAAAGAGCACACAGAGCUGCAGCAGAAGCUGGAGAAGAAGGAGAGGGAGUGUGAUGCCAAGGCCCAGGAGAAGGAGGAGAUGAUGCAGACGCUGAACAAGAUGAAGGAGAAGCUGGAGAAGGAGUCCAGCGAGCACAAGCAGGUCAAGCAGCAGGUGGCAGAUCUGACAGCACAGCUCCAUGAAAUGAGCAGGAGGGCAAUCUGUGCUGCCAGUCCUGGAGGACCUCCCAUGCCACCAGGAGCACCCGGGGGCCCUUCACCUUCUCCAACUCCCGGCUCCCUUCUCCCCCCUCCACCACCCCCCCCACUCCCAGGGGGGUGUCCCCCACCUCCUCCCCCACCACCUCCUCCAGGGGGUCCCCCACCUCCCCCUGGCCCCCCACCCCUGGGGGGGCUGAUGCCUCCCCUUGGAGCACCCCCGGGCAUGGCCUUCAAGAAGAAGAGCAUCCCUCAGCCAACCAACGCCCUCAAGUCCUUCAACUGGUCCAAGCUUCCAGAGAACAAGCUGGCAGGCACCGUGUGGACCAACAUAGAUGACACAAGAGUGUUCAAAAUCCUGGACCUCGAGGACCUGGAGAGGACAUUCUCAGCCUACCAAAGACAGCAGGACUUCUUUGUGAAUGGUAGCUCCAGACAGAAGGAAGAUGCCAUCGAUGACACGUUGAGUUCCCGGCACAAAGUCAAGGAGCUUUCAGUCAUAGAUGGCAGGAGAGCUCAGAACUGCAACAUCCUCCUCUCCAGGCUGAAACUCUCCAAUGACGAGAUCAAACGAGCGAUUUUGACGAUGGACGAGCAGGAGGACCUCCCAAAAGACAUGCUGGAACAGCUCCUGAAGUUUGUUCCUGAAAAGGGAGACAUUGACCUGCUGGAAGAGCACAAGCACGAGCUGGACCGCAUGGCCAAGGCUGACCGGUUCCUCUUCGAAAUGAGCAGGAUAAACCAUUAUCAGCAAAGGCUGCAGUCCCUCUACUUCAAGAAGAAGUUUGCAGAGAGAGUUGCAGAAGUCAAACCCAAAGUGGAAGCCAUCCGUGCUGGCUCCAAGGCAGUGCUGCAGAGCAGCAGCCUCCAGCAGCUCCUGGAGGUGGUGCUGGCGUUUGGGAACUACAUGAACAAGGGCCAGAGGGGCAACGCCUUCGGGUUUAAGAUCUCCAGCCUCAACAAGAUUGCAGACACCAAGUCCAGCAUUGACAAGAACAUCACCCUGCUGCACUAUCUCAUCACUGUCGUGGAAAAGAAAUAUCCCAAAGUCCUGCGCCUGCACGAGGAGCUGCGAGACAUCCCACAGGCAGCCAAAGUCAACAUGACUGAGCUGGAGAAAGAAAUAAACACUCUGAGAAGUGGCCUGAGAGCAGUGGAGACUGAGUUGGACUUCCAGAAGUCCCAGGUUCAGCAGGCAGGGGACAAGUUUGUGUCUGUGGUCAGCCAGUUCAUCACACUGGCCAGCUUCAGCUUCUCGGAUGUCGAAGAUCUCCUGAUGGAAGCAAAAGAGCUGUUUUCCAAGGCUGUGAAGCACUUUGGAGAAGACACAGACAAAAUGCAGCCUGACGAAUUCUUUGGCAUCUUUGACCAGUUCCUUCAAGCUGUGACAGAGGCCAAGCAGGAGAACGAGAACAUGAGGAAGAGGAAGGAGGAGGAGGAGCGCCGGGCGCGCAUGGAGGCACAGCUGAAGGAGCAGCGGGAGCGGGAGCGCAAGGCCAGGAAGGCCAAGGAGAGCGGGGAGGAGAGCGGCGAGUUCGAUGAUCUGGUGUCUGCCCUGCGCUCGGGGGAAGUCUUCGACAAGGACCUCACCAAGCUGAAGCGCAACCGCAAGCGCAUCACCAACCAGCUGGCCGAGAGCGGCCGCGAGAGGCCCGUCACCAAGCUCAACUUCUGAGAAACAAACUGACAGCAACACCCAGCAAAAGACACGUGGGUCAGUCUUUCUGAAGUGGCUGUGGUUUUUGGGUUUUUUUUUGGUUUUUCGUUGUUUCCAUGACACUGCCUUGCGAUUCCAAGCGGAACAGUGGCACGCUCUCUGUCCCCCGCGCGGGCAGUGCGUGUGUGUAGAUACUGUGUAAAUAGUCGGGUCGGGGGGGUGUGGAGGGAGGUGUGUGGGCAGCUCAGUGCCAGCACCACCUCCUCCCCACUCCAAAAAGUAGUUCUCCCCAUGCACAAGCACAAUGCCACGUCCGUGGAGCAAGAGAGGACCCAACCCCAAGCCGCCGGUUGUCCCCAUGGUCCCAAAGCCGACGGGGAAGCUGCCUCCUGCUGCUCUCCUGCUCAGAACCCCCCAGGGCCACUUGCAGGGGACGCCUUGCACACAAGCCGAGCGGUUUAAAGAAGAAAAGACAAAAAAA